CUUAAAAAAAGAAACUUUCGCACAUUUCAAAAUGGAUCUUGAUGACGUGUUGCAUCAUGCGGGCGACUGGGACAGGUACCAACAUCUGCUGUUGUGGUUAGUUUGUCUUCCUGCGUGUAUUCCGUGCGGCUUCGCUGCUUUCAACCAGGUGUUUAUGGACCGAAUACCUGACCACUGGUGCAAAGUUCCUACUUUAAUAUCCGCAGAAUGGACCGCAGAAGAUCGCAAGGCCGCCAGCAUACCUAAAUUGGGUACACUCUACAGUCAGUGCUCGAAGUAUGACUUAAACUAUACGGGUAUUCUACUGGAAAACAGUGGUAACAAAUCACUGGAUGUCGCAGCUAUUACGUCUUGCACAGACGGCUGGGAGUACGACAAAGUCGACGUCCCCUCUUCUGUUGUCAUAGAUUUUGAGUUGGUGUGUUCGAAAUCACUCUACCCAACUCUUGGCCUCUCUGCGCUCAACGUGGGUGGGUUGGUGGGUGUCCUACUCUUUGGUUAUCUCAACGAUAGGAUAGGUCGGAAGAAAAACUAUUUUCUUUGUUUGACAGUACAGAUUGUGUUUGGAAUUGCCACAGCUUUUGCUCCCAACGUUGUCUGGUGGAUUAUCUUCCGUUUCUUUGUUGGUCUUACAAUUCCAGCUAUACUUCACAUCCCGUUCGUUAUAUGCCUUGAAGCUGUGGCUCCUUCUAAGAGAACGUUGGUCAGUUUCUAUGCGAACAUGUUUUACGUGGUUGGGUUGAUGGGAUUCAGCGGACUUGCUUAUUCCACUACGCAAUGGCAACUAAUUGCGCUAUCAACAUCCGUACCUUUUGUCCUCUACUACCUCUACAUUAUUUUCCUACCAGAAUCGAUGCGCUGGUUAUUGUCACGAGGGCGCGUUAAGGAAGUUGUUGAAAUGUUGCACAAAAUUGCCAGUGUUAAUCACAGACACAUCCCAGAAGAGAUGGUGCAAAAAUUUACGGAAACAAUGGAACACCAACGUGAGCAAGCUGACUGCUUGCGCAACGGAAGGAGAGCAAAUUUGCGAGACCUGCUCCAGACACCCAACAUGCGGAUGAAAACACUGAUCAUUUCACUGAGUUGGGUCGUGAACGAAACAACCUACGUGGGAUUGAGCUACUACGGCCCAUCGAUGGGCUCCGAUCCUUACCUAAGUUUUUUCCUCUCAUCCGUUGUGGAAAUCCCGGGAUACGUUUUCUGUCUCCUACUUAUGGAUCGCUGGGGUCGUCGAAUGACGCUGUGUUCCUGUAUGAUCCUCAGUGGCGUGGCUGCGAUUUCGACAGCACUUCUUCCUACAGACGCGGAGGUGUUGACUCUGAUUCUUUACCUGAUUGCCAAGUGCACUAUUGCUGGAGGCACGAUGAUCAUCUUCCAGUUCGGCGGUGAACUAUAUCCGACUGAAGUACGCGGGGUCGGAAUUGGACUUGCCAGCUUUCUUGGCGGAAUUGGUCUCACACUCAUUCCUUUCAUUAACUAUCUGGGUACACAGUGGCUUGUGCUUCCCAUCGUAAUGAUGGGCGCUUUCUCCGUUGCUGGAGGCAUCGUGACGCUAAAACUACCUGAGACAUUGGGUGCAAAAUUGCCUCAAACGCUCGAAGAAGGCGAAGAUUUCGGCAAGGAUUUUAAAGGCUGGGUACACACGAUCCAACAAAUGUCAAGGCUAUUGCCCAAGCGCCUUGGGUGCCGGGACAAACACCAAGAAAUCGUGAAUCUCGAACAGACCGGAUGUCAUCAACAUGCAACUUGUAUCAUUCCAUGCGAGCACGAUCACGAUCAAGAAUUGUAAUGCUGUCAUACCGCCAAAUAACUUGUCACAUUGUACCAGCGCUCACAAAAUACACAGUCUCUCAUGAAAAGCAAAAUCAUAUUUAUAAUUCAAGUUGUAUUGAUCCGAUUUAGACACACACACAUUUGAAUGCAAUCACCCCAACAGCUUGUGUAGAUAAUAGUCUGAGAGCUACAAAUUAAAAGCUUUUAAAAAU